CAAAGCGGAAAUAUUCACUAUGGACGCGGAUGUGAAGCUGGAAACAAAGAUGGCGGAAGAGGAGAAUCUCUCCGAGGAGCUGGAGCAGCUCGACUUCCUCCGAGACCGACAUGUACGCUUCUUCCAGAGGACUCUGCAGGUUUUACCCGAGAGAUACGCCUCCCUGGAGACUACCAGGCUGACCAUCAUAUUUUUUGCCCUGUCCGGGCUAGAUGUGCUCGAUGCUCUGGAUGUCAUCGACAGCGAUGUCAUAAUCGAAUGGAUCUACUCAUUGCAGGUUCUACCCACGGAAGACCAAUCCAACCUCAGCCGGUGUGGUUUCCGAGGCUCGUCACACAUCGGAAUUCCUUACAGCACCAAGGGUCCGGGUGUGCUGCAUCCGUACGACAGCGGCCAUGUCGCCAUGACCUACACGGGCCUUUGCUCUCUACUCAUACUGGGAGACGAUCUGAGUCGAGUCAACAAGCAGGCCUGCCUGGCCGGUCUAAGGGCCCUGCAGCUGGACGACGGCAGUUUCUACGCCGUGCCAGAAGGCAGCGAAAACGACAUCCGCUUUAUCUACUGCGCGGCCAGUAUCUGUUACAUGCUGGACGACUGGUCGGGCAUGGACAUCCAAAAGGCCAUUGAGUACAUUCGAGGCAGCCUGUCGUACGAUAGCGGUUUUGGUCAGGGAGCCGGGCGAGAGUCACAUGGCGGUUGGACCUACUGCGCCAUCGCCUCCUUGUGUCUUAUGGGUCGAUUGGAGGAGGCGCUGAGUCGGCGCGAGCUGGACAGGAUCCGCCGCUGGUGCAUCAUGAGGCAGCAGAGUGGCUUUCACGGGCGCCCCAACAAGCCCGUGGACACCUGCUACUCGUUUUGGGUGGGCGCAACGCUAGAGCUAUUAGAUGUGUUCCAGUACACCAACUUUGACAAGAACAGGACCUUCAUCCUGUCCACGCAGGAUCGCUUGGUUGGUGGCUUCGCUAAGUGGCCAGACAGCCAUCCAGACCCUCUGCACGCCUACUUGGGCCUGUGCGGUCUGUCUCUGAUGGGAGAGCCCAGCCUGAGGAAGGUCCACCCAGCUCUCAACAUCACCCAGAGGGCCUUCGAGCGCCUCCGCCAGCUGCAGCAGACAUGGAGGGGACAAUAGCGGCAACUGUGGCUGACAGGAGCAUCCGGCAGGUCAAAUCCAAGGCAACAGGAGUCUCUGCUGCCAGGCCUCCUUUUUUAUUUGAAGACUUAGGAGUGCACAGCUACUCCAUAGCAACUUUGCAACAUGGCCUUGCUGUGGGGUGACUCUUCUUUAAAGCUGCCUUUUUGUCAACAGACUGCAGUCAGUUUAAGUGUUAAGAAAUAUAUGUGCCAAAAAUCACCAGAGACCUGAAAACAUUCCUGGUGCCAAAUUGUCUCCCAUUUUUGAGAAAGUGAAAGGAAAACCGUCUGCUAUGGUUUCUUGCCAAGCGGCAGCACUAUUUCUAUUAUGGACCACGCUGGCUCAGUAUCAUGUAGAAUGGACCUGAAACCUUUUAGAAACACUCUCAUAAUCAACAUGUCGCUAAUGUGCGUCUUAUGGACAGAGCAUUCAUAUAUCAUCAAAGAACACCAAGCCACCACCUUUUUCCCAUGUCACAAUCCAGUCUGGUUACGAUCAUAAUUUUGGAUACAUCCAAUCCUUAAAAGGAAAAAAAACAUUAUCCCUAUCCAGUAACACCCUUCCAUUACUCAUGAGGCAUCUUCAAAGCGCUCCAGUUUGCUUCCAGCCUGCCAGGUUUGAUGUCCCGUCUCACCCCACCAACUCCCACUGGUUCCUCCUCCUCAACCUCCCCUUGGCUUUGUUUACUAAUGUGGAGGUUUGAUCAGGUGUAUCACAGCAUCAGCGGCGUACCCAACGGAGUUGAGGCCAAGAACCACCUGCAGGGGUCCAGUCUUUCUUUGACUUUUGAAAAUAAGUAGAAAAAAAAAAAUCAAGCAUGAGCAUACUUCCUUAGGCAAGUUUCAAUAAAAUGGAGCCUAUUGGGGAA